GCCAGAGCUCACCUGCAUAUUCUAGUUACUUCGUGUUUAUCCAUCAAAGAAGACUCGGCUGCUUCACUUUCAAUUUCAUACACCGGUGACAUCGCAGAAUUAAAAAUAAAAAAUAAAAAAGUAUGGCGUUUCUGUACAUGCUGCUUACAAUUUCUAUCUAUUUCAUAUCAACCACCACCGCCUCUCAAUGUUCAACCAACGGAUUGCCAUUAGUGAGAGAUAUCAGUAAGCUGCCACAAGAUAACUACGGACGGCCCGGGUUAUCGCAUAUCACUGUGGCAGGUUCACUCAUGCAUGGCUUCAAAGAGGUUGAGAUAUGGCUUCAAACGUUUGCUCCAGGAGCACGCACACCGAUUCAUAGGCACUCGUGUGAGGAAGUUUUUGUAGUCCUAAAAGGGAGUGGUACUUUCUAUAUAUCGCCGAGUUCUCAUUUGAAAUCCCCUGGCAAGCCACAAGAAAUCAAUAUCUUUCCAAAUAGCACGCUUUACGUCCCUGUUAAUGAUGUUCACCAGUUGUGGAAUACAAAUGAGAGAGAAGAUUUGCAAGUUUUAGUUGUAAUAUCUCGCCCACCAGUGAAAAUAUUCAUGUAUGAGGAUUGGUUAAUGCCACAUACUGCAGCCAAACUGAAAUUCCCGUAUUAUUGGGAUGAACAAUGCUACCAGACAUCUGUAAAAGAUGAGCUUUAGCCAUCACAGUCAUAUAAUUACAGAAGUACACUGAUACCCCACUUGUUUCUCUUGUUAGGUUAGUAUACGUUUCACUUUUCUUGUAGUAACAUAUAGAGAUAGUUCCUUGCUUCUAGAUUCAAGUCUUAAAGAUGGAAUUCCUUAGGCUUUCUACAUCUAUCUUAGCUGUUUGUGACUCAAUAUGUAUUUGAAACCCCUCGAGUGGAUUACCUUUGAGCAUGUUUAGACUUAAUACUAGGCCUAUAUUAACAAGCAGUGCAAUAGGCAAUUUCAAAGUGCGCCAAGAUGUCAUAGUUCAUUGAUUACGAGUCAAACACAUUUGUAAGUUCUACAAUGGAGAGAUGUUCUGUAGUUAGUGCGAAACACGAAACAAACUUCAAAUGUAAUGAAACCGAUUUUAGCA